AAGGAGGUGCUAGCAUUCCAAAAGUAACAUCAGAUCAUAGAAGACAGAGCCUCUCCUAUCUUGAUAGCUUAGAAGACAGCACGAGAGAUUCACAUUAAACCCAAGGAAGAACUUCCUGCUGCCAGGGCUGUCCUGGAUUGAAAUCGGCAUCCAGAACUCUGCAAACCCCCACUCCUUUGUUAUUCAAAGCUGACCUCUACCCGCUGCCUAGACAUCACUGGGGCUUCAACAUCUCUGAGAGCCGGGAAAGCAAGCAUCUGACUCAACAACCUUCACCCGGUAUACAGAUGAAAAAACUGAGGCCCAGAGAGACAAGACUUGCCCAAGAUCACAGCCCAAGUCACCGAUACAGGUGUUAAUCUGGGGGGCCUGGGCCCGGAGCCAGCAGCAGAAAUAUGAGGAUCCAGAGCCUCCUCCUUCUGGGGGCCCUCCUGGCUGUGGGGAGUCAGCUGCCCGCUGUCUUUGGCAGGAAGAAGGGAGAGAAAUCGGGGGGCUGCCCGCCAGAUGAUGGGCCCUGCCUGCUAUCGGUACCUGACCAGUGCGUGGAAGACAGCCAGUGUCCCUUGACCAGGAAGUGCUGCUACAGAGCUUGCUUCCGCCAGUGCGUCCCCAGGGUCUCUGUGAAGCUGGGCAGCUGCCCCAAGGACCAACUGCGCUGCCUCAGCCCCAUGAACCACCUUUGUCACAAGGACUCAGACUGCUCAGGCAAAAAGCGAUGUUGCCACAGCGCCUGCGGCCGGGAUUGCCGAGAUCCUGCCAGAGGCUAAUUCUGAUUUAGGAUCUGUGGCUCUGCAACCUAAGCUGGGGACCAGCGGAAAGAGUUCACGAUGGGAGGCCUGGGGCCCUGCCCGCUGGACAGCACUAUCUCUACCAGCGGUGGUUCCAGCCUUCUGAUAAACACUGGCCUCUUCCCUGCAACCCAUCCACCCCUGGUUUCUCCUCCUGGGAGUCAAAGUCCAUAGCCUGAGCUCGGAGGAAGCCCUCUGUAUCAACCCAGUACCCUGCACCACUGCCAUACAAGCUUCCCACCCUUCCUAACACUUUCACACCAAUCCGUACAUGCUGCUUCCUCCACCAAAAAUGCCCAAUUCUGGCAGACCCUGACCUCUCCCUCAGGCAGCCCAACCAUCCAGAAUGAAUAUUCUAGCAGAGUUUUCCAAACAUCAUUCGCCUCUUUCAUGAUUUUCACCAUACCUACAAAACAGCACCAUGAUAGGUUGCACGGUGCCUGUACCACCAUUUACUUAAUGUUUUCUUUAAAUGACUCACUUUUGUAUAUAAAUAAAUUCAUUUCAAAAGAAAA